AUGUGGCGAAGAAAUAUUUUACGAUCUUUUGAUUUAAUAGAACCAAUAAAGAAUGGCAAGUCCAUCAUUUCUGUUUCUCAAAGUAGGAAAUUUCAACUUUUAUUAAGACACGCUCAGAAAGCCAGCUAUGCGCCGAGUGUUAAUAAUACACAUAAAUUUGAUAAAAAACAUGGUUUUCAGCUAUCUGUUUCAUCCCAAUCGAAUUCGUUUACAUAUAGAACUCAUACUUGUGGGGAACUAAGACCAGAACAUGUAGGGCAAAAAGUAACAUUAUGUGGCUGGGUACAAUAUGUGAGACUGUCAAAAUUUUUAUUAAUUAGAGACUCGUAUGGCCUUAUACAAUGUGUUAUUGAUAAUACAAGUGUAAAUAUUAAUGAAAUAUCCUUAGAGACAAUUGUAAAAAUUAAAGGUACAAUAGAAGCAAGACCAAUAGAUAUGAUUAAUUCAGAAAUGGCAACAGGACAAAUUGAAAUGGUUGUUGAAAAUCUAGAAAUAUUGAACAGAGUUGAAAAGCUGCCAUUUAAUUUAAGAAAUUAUCAAAAACCAAAGGAACAAUUAAGGAUGCAACAUCGGUACAUAGACCUAAGGUUUCCAGAAAUGCAAAAAAACUUAAGACAGAGAUCCUUAUGCUUACACAAUAUGCGAAGAUUUCUUGUAGAAAAGCAUAACUUUGUAGAAGUAGAAACACCAACUUUAUUCUGUCGAACACCAGGGGGAGCCAGAGAAUUUAUUGUACCUACUCAUUUUUCAGGGUUAUUCUAUUCUUUAGUGCAAAGCCCUCAACAAUUUAAACAGAUGCUAAUGGUUGGUGGUAUAGAUAGAUACUUUCAAGUGGCAAGAUGCUAUAGAGAUGAAACAACAAGACCAGAUAGACAGCCAGAGUUUACACAACUUGAUAUAGAAUUAUCAUUCACAAACUUAGAUGGUGUUCUUAAUAUGAUUGAGAGCUUACUACAAGAAACAUUAGAAGAUAUCCAAAAACUACCUUUUAAAAGAAUGUCAUAUAAAGAUGCUUUGGAAAACUAUGGGUCAGAUAAACCCAAUCUUACUUAUGAAUUGAAAUUGAAAAACAUUAGUCAUUUCUUUCCACAAAUGGAAUUAGGUUCAGCUGCUUUUGCAUUACCAUAUUCUAGUUUAAUUGGAAAGCUUACUGCUAAAUAUAAGGGAAAAAUUAAUGACCUAAGGAAAAAAUAUAAUAUAAGUGUAACUCUUAAUGAGAACAUAUCAAAAAAAUUUGGAAUAGAUGUAAGUAGGCAAUUAAAAAGCUUACUUGGUGAUGAUAAUGACAUCAUUAUUACCUUAGGUAAUCAUGAGAAUGCGAGCAUGUGUUUAGGUGAUAUAAGAGAAAUGUUAGCACCGUUACUAGAAUCAAAAGAAUUGUUAGUUAUGAAAAAGUCUAUGGAACCAUUAUGGGUCAUUGAUUUUCCAUUAUUUACACAAGGGGAGAAUGGCCUAGAGACUUGCCAUCAUCCAUUUACGGCUCCACAUCCAGAUGAUCUGCAUUUAUUAGAUUCAGAACCAUUGAAAGUUCGGUCACUUGCUUAUGAUAUAGUUGUAAAUGGUAAUGAGGUUGGUGGUGGAUCUGUUAGAAUACACAAUUCACAAUUACAAGAAAAAGUACUUAAUAUGUUAAAUAUAGAUUCUAGUAAAUUGGCACAUUUUAUAGAUGCUUUAAAAAGUGGUUGUCCUCCACAUGCAGGGAUAGCAUUAGGUAUUGAUAGAUUAAUGGCAAUAGCUUGUAAAGCUGAAUCAAUUAGAGAUGUUAUGGCUUUUCCCAAAACACAUGAAGGCAAAGAUCCAUUGUCAGGCGCACCCAAUGAAAUUAGUGAUGACGACAAAAAAUAUUACCACAUUAAAAGUAUUGAUAACAAAUCUGUU